AUGGAAGUGAUGGAAAUCGCUGGAAAAGAUCCACUAAGAGCUCCAAUAUCUCUUGCUCUAGAAAUGGAGAUCAAUGGUGUCUCUGAAGAUGCCAUCAAGCUGAGACUCUUUCCUAUGUCUCUAGCUGACAAAGCUCACCAAUGGGAGAAGAGCUUGCCCCAUGGCACAAUCACCACUUGGGAUGAAUGCAAGAAGGCCUUUCUUGCUAAGUUUUUCUCCACCGGUCGCACAGCCAAGCUAAGGAGUGAGAUAUCAGCUUCAUCCAGAGGAAACAAUGAGACAUUGCUGAGGCUUGGGAGAGGUUCAAAGGCUACACAAGAGAGAUGCUGGACACAGCAGCAAUGGAACUUCCUCAAUCAGGAUGUGGAUGAUGGCUGGCAGCUUGUGGAGAACAUUGCAAACUCCAAUGGAAGCUAUGGAGAAGAGUAUGAUCGCACCAACCGGAGCUCGACCCACCACUCGAUCGAGUCGAUGAGAAAUUGA